UUAUUUCUUUAAAAGAAAAUUUCUAUUCUAAACUGUUACGAGAAUUACUUAUCAGUGUUUUUGAGAUAAGUGGGGUUAUGUGAUUGGGCAAGUAAACAAAUGCUAAGUAAUUGCUAUAAAUGCCCUAUUGAAUCACGUGUUUGUUUUCAUGCCUCCAUGUGACAGAUUGAAUGCACUUUCAUAAGGCAAACGACAUUGAAUUGUAUAGAUUUAUGAGCUUGCUAAAAAAAAGGCAGCAGGAAGAAGUGCAUAGUGGUGUGUAGUCAUCCAAAAUUCAGUUGCACCACUGACGACGACGACAGCCAAGACCGUGAUAUCUGGUAAAUUUCAUGAACUUCCAUCAUAGAUUUUCAUCGUUCUAUCCUACCACAUUGGACUAGGGAAAGCCGAAAAAUGAAGAUGGAACUAUUUGACAGACGGAAUCUUUAAGAUCGACAUUAACAGCAUCUUCUGAAAGCAAUGCAGUCGUCCGUCAAUAAAUCCAGUUUCUUCGGAUUUGAGGAAGGAUGGGGAAACCGGUCCUACUUUGCCUACUAUGGUCAAUUCCAAAGAGAAAGUACAGCCAUUGUUGGGAUUGAAGUGUUCUUUUUAAUUCUACUAUGGAUCUGGGGUGUGGUAGGAAACGUCCUUGUAAUAAUUGUCGUCAUAAGCAACAAGGGAAUGAGGAAAAGUAACACGAACUUAUUCAUUGUGAACUUAUCAGUGUCAGACAUACUGUUCACUAUGGGAAACCCUCUCAUUGCAACUACACGGGUUACUGAAAGUUGGAUCUUUGGCAGAGUACUGUGCGGCCUCAUGCCUCUAUUAGAAUUCGUGUGUGGUUACGUAUCCAUAUGGACAAUGACAUUCAUCAGCAUUGACCGCUUUCGCGUCAUCGUUGGUCACAGAUCACGGAAAUUCAAAUUAGGAACCGUGAUAGGUAUGGUGGCAUUUACAUGGAUCUCGGGAAUAUUAUUUUUCAUUCCUCUGGCAAUUUACUUCCAGAUUCGUGAAUUUCCAUUUAAAGACGGCACUGCGACACUAUGUACGCUCGUCUGGCCUUAUGUUAGCAAAACUUUUAACGUGUCCUACCCUUAUACAGCUGUUGGAAUUAGCCUCUUUUUCAUAGUGCCGCUGGUCAUUAUUGUUCACAACUAUUCGCGGAUACUUCAUUUCUUGUGGAAAAAGCGACAAAAAUUAAACAAAUCUCUCCGGACAAGUUCCGAAAUCGGCAGUUUCAGCACAAUAAGUAGGAACGGCACAAAUAAUGUCAACGGGGAGACUUUGAGAAGGAGGACGUUAAGCGAUUGCGAAGCGUCCCGAGAUCAGAGAGACCUGAACGUUGUUCGAUUCCUUGUGAUCAUUGUGGUUGCUUUUAUCGUUAGUUGGACUCCUAUUUUCAUAACACUGUCUCUGGUUGUUUACGAUGGGAACAUGGAAGUACCUACGCUUUCUUCUCAGAUUUUUAUUCUCACAGCUUCUAUCACUUUCUCAAAUGCGUGCAUAAACCCUAUAAUCUACGGCACUUUUAAUCAAAACUUUCGCCGAGGUUUCAAAAAGAUUGGACAGUCUCUUAAACUGUGUAAAUCAAUGCGGGACAUUGACACAAGCAUUCGCUGCUCAAGUACUGAGAAUCACCACCCAAGUAAAGAUGGGAAUCAUGACAGUGGAAUAGUGCUUUCAAAUGUCAACGCAGAAGGACAGCUGCAUGCAGAUAUGCACCAGGAAGAAAAGUUUUGACCGUGUAAAAUAAUGAUAAUGACCUUUCCAACAUUUAGUAGAUAUGUUCUAUAUGUAUGCAUACACUGUUUGACACCAAGUAGGUGUGUCCGUAAAUUGCGAUAGAGGUGAUAGUGAAUUGCGCCACUAAUCCAAAAGCCUACGGUGUAAUCUGAAGCGAUGUGUAUUAAUUCAACGGAUAUUGUGUUCUUUUUCCGCUGUAAAUAUUUAUGUAUUUUUGGAAAAUAACAGAUGUUUCGUAUCGUAUUUUGUAACUAAUAGACUUAACAAAUGGCGGAUUAAUGAUUGCUGAACUUGGGUAUAUUUAAAAGAUUCAUAGCAUCGGAGGAAGGCCUAAAUUUCACUAAAUUGUGUUUCAAAGUGAACGUUUUUUCUGAGCUUGCUACUGUCAAAAUGACAAUUUCAUUUUUCAUGUUAAAGUUUUGCUAAUACUUACUUUUAACAGUAUCUUACUAGUGAAAUGCUGUUUUUAUAGCAAUGUUUGAUAUGAACAUGUACUAAGUUUUCUAUUAUACAUAUUUCCUCUUUUUCAAUAUGAUAUUUUCAUUCAUAUGAAGCGAUCACCACUUUUGUUUUCUUGACCAUCUUAUGUAAGAAUUGUAAAUCCCACGCACAAAGGCCCAUUUUAUUUAAGAAGCAAAGCGUAAAUUAAAUCAUAAUGCUUUUAUCAUUUUCACCAUUUGCAUGUAUCAUUACUAAUUGCUCUUUCCAGACAGCAUUACGUAUAAAACAACUACAAUCGACUUCUCCGUGUUAUCCCACCGUUUUUCCUUUUUGUCGA